CAACGUUUUCUACGUCCUCGGCAUAUGCCGACAUUAUCAAUAAGGAGUUUGGUUUUCUGUUAAUCAACGCAACAUAUGGCAAAUGAUCUGAUUAAGCCGGCUUUUCCUAUUUGUCCGAAUACAAGACGUCUCAUAACUACCGGUGGUAUACGUCUCCCCGUUCAUAAUUAUCGCAGGGAUAUUUAAUAGACAUACCCCGUGGUAAGCCAGUCAUCAUUGCCUUCCCACGAGUUCCACUCAAUACUGAGACCUAAAUACUCCUUUGCUCCUAAAAAGCUAUUCUUGAUCUAUUUCCACUUAUCAAAAUGCCUAUUGUUGCUGUUCUCGGCGCCACAGGAACCCAGGGGGGUUCCGUGAGCCAAGCACUACUGGAGAGCUCUAAAUGGCAGGUUCGCUGUAUCUCCCGAAAUCCUUCCAGUGAAGCAGCGAAAAAGCUCGCAGCGAAGGGUGUGCAGGUAGUCCAUGCCGACCCCGAUGAUGAAACAAGUCUUGUUAAAGCCUUCGAAGGAGCCACUGUCAUAUUUUGCGUGAGCAACUUUGGCGAAUUGGCCGUUGUUGAGCCCAGUCUGCAAGCGGCAGCUGACCACGAGCGUGACCAGCUUAUCAAAGCUGCAAAGGCGGCAGCACCGAGCAUCGAAAAGCAUGCGUGGCUCCUGUCGAGCAAAGAAACCGCUCUAUUGCCUGUUGCAGGAGACUCUCGCAUCAACACUGGCGUUGUCGUAAGGGCUGUGUUGGAGCAGCCAGAAAAGACGCAUGGCAAAUUCAUUCCCAUCAUCACAGAAUACGUACCGAUAUCACGAGCCCUGGAAGCAUGGGAGAAGACAACCAGCAGAAGUGCCAUAUACGGAGAGGUCUCCGAUGAAUCUUUUGCUAAGACUUUCGGAGCGUUCGGAACGGAAAUGGCAGACCAGCUCAGGUUCAGUGAGGAAUUCCCGGACUGGGGCAAACUGUUCCAGAGCGGACUAUCACGGUAG